UCGAUAAGUUCAUUUUAUCGGUAACUCGACGAAAAACACGCACAGUGAAGUUCUUCGAUCGUUCGUUUACUUCUCGCAAUUUUAAUUUUAAUAAAAUAAAAUCAUUAAAAAUGAAUAAAUUCACAGUGUUUGCUCUAGUGAUGUGUGUGGCUAAAUUAUCGUGCGGUUCGCCGGUAGCUAACGAUAGCAACGACGUGUUAAAGCCAUUUGUAAUCCGUGAAGGUGAGCUCAUUCAAAAGCUUAACAAUAAAUGUGCCGCAAAGGAUGUAUCAGGAUGUGUUAUGCUGAAAUUGGUAACUUACAUGAAUAAACUCAUGAAGAAAAACAGUGUUGAAUAUGGUGAAACCAUCGAAAUCGCCAAAAAAGACAACGCUCAAGUUGAAGAAGAACAAACCGUUGAAAUUGUACAAUUAGACUCUGGUCGUAGUUUAUCAGACGAAUCGGUUUUUAGUGAAAUUAUGGCUGAUAAACUUACGAGAUUCGUUAAGUCUAGGUCUCUAAAAGUUAAAAUAAUGCCUGAAGCCGAUUUCGUUGUCUCAACAGCUGACCAAGACAGUACCCUCAACUUUGGUUUAUCCAUAAAAACUGGCGAAACAGAAACCGGUCGUGGUAAAAAUAAGAACAUGGGACAAAUGAUGGGUCUUAUCAUGAUGAAAUUGGGUAUGUUGAAGAUUUUCGCAUUCAAAGCCCUUGCUCUCCUCGUCGGUAAAGCUUUAUUAGUCAGUAAACUUGCCUUCUUGUUGGCUACUCUUCUUGGCCUGAAAAAAUUGUUCAGUCAACAAAAACACGUUACCUAUGAAGUUGUUGCUCACCCUCAUCACGAAUCUCACGGUGACUCAUACAGCUCUGGAUGGGGACGUUCAUCAUUAGAAACUGCCCAUAAUCUCGCAUACGGUGGACAAGCUCAAUAAACAAGUAACAUUGCACAAAAUAUCAUAUGAUCAAUUCAAGUCCUACUACAAUGUGCCUCGAUGCCAAGUCAGCAUGCACACGUGCAUCCGGUGUCCAGCACUCUGUUAAUUUAUUAUCGCCACGUUAUUUAUUUAUUUUGAAUAGUUAAGAUAAUUUAAUUAAGUAGUACUUUAUUUUGACUUUGAAAUAAAGUAGACAAAUAGUUUAUGCUUUCUCUCGUUAUCUUAUACUUAUAUUAAACUAAUAUGUUUGCGUAAGUUGAGAUUAAGUAUUAACUAAAUUUUUGUAAAGCUUCACAUACUUUACAAAGUACAUGGCUCGUGAAAUACAAAUUAUUUUAUAAAUUUAUUUUUAAUGUUUAAGAAGAAAACAAAAAUCAUUAAAUAGAAAAAAAAUUUAAUGUUAAGUAUCUACUAUGUGGAUUGAAAUUAAAAUACUGUGUCACACAUUUUAUGAUACUAUAAAUGUUUUGUUGAAAUUAUUAAAAUAAAAUAAAAUUCUGUAUUUUUAUAGA